AUGGCACGCGUCACGGGCAAUGGAGCUGUCUCAGAGACAUUUGCAGUGACCAACGGGAUGAAGCAGGGCUGCGUUUUCGCGCCCGCCCUCUUCAGUCUUAUGUUCCCUGCCAUGCUGGUGGACGCCUACCUCGACGAAGGCUCGGGGAUCCGCGUUGACUACAGGACGGGCGGCCAGCUCCUCAAUCAGCGGAGGAUGCACUUCCAGUCGCGUGUAUCCACAAACACCGUUCACGGACUUUUGUUCACUGAUGACUGCACCCUCAAUGCAGCUACUGAAGGAGACAUGCAAAGGGGCGUGGGCCUCUUUGCCGCCGCCUGCGAGAACUUCGGUCGGAUCAUCAACACGGCGAAGACGGUGGUCAUGAACCAACCUUCAUCCGACGCUGCCUACGUUGCACUGCGAGUCAGCGUGAACGGCGCCGCAACUGCAAUUAAUGAACAACCUCACUUAUCUGGCAGCACCAUCUCCCACACCGCCUAG